CUGGGCAUUUUGCAAUAAUAUAAGUUAUUGCUUCCAACUAACAAAAUGAUGACUCUUUAAUAUUAGGGUCAAGAACCUAUAAAGUUGGACAUUUUCCCAUUACAAUAGUACAAUUUUGAUAUUGUACUAUAAAGCUGCAACUAUUCUAAGUGCACUUAAUAUGAUUAUCAGACAUGCACCAACUUUUGGCCUUGUUUGUAUUUGAAUUGUGCUAUCACUAAAAAAAAUCCCCAUAUGUUGCACACUUAAAUAACGACACUGUAUAUGUUGAUUGUAUUCUUGGGAUUUCUCAAUCACUUGUCGCAAUGUAUGCAAGUGAUCCUCCGUGUUGUAACCUUCGCGGAAACCUGCUAUCUGCUUGCUCCACAGGCUGGAAAGUUUCUUAGCGAUUAUGUUGUUCAAUAUUUUUGUUAGUAAUUUGUAGAGAUGACACAGAAGUGAAAUAGGUCUGUAGUUCCUUAUAUCCUCUUUAUCCCCUUUUUGUACAAUAUAUUAACACUUGCUUUUUUCCAGGAGUCUGGUAUUUCCCCGUUGUGAAGGCAGCGAUUCAAGAGUCCCUCCAGAUCAUAUCUUCUAGAAUGUAAUUCGCGACCCUUGAUGGAAAAUCUAUUCCAGAACAAAGAUGCAAGAAAUGGACCAAAAUUAUGACAACACUGGCGGCCCGAGAAAAUGUUCUUUGGCGAUGUUUUGCGGCAAGACGAGUCUUUUUGUGCUUAUGACGGGAUAUGCUCUGUUUGGGGCGUUGAUGUUUAAGUUUUUGGAGAGUGGUGUGGAGACUCAUCAAGUAGCUGAUUUUCAUAGGAGUAGGGAGGAUUGUCUAAAGGAACUUUGGAUUAUUACAGGAUUACAGGGAUAUAUAAGAGUGGAGUUCACGUUGGUGCCCAUGGGACACUCUUCAUAUGGCAAUGGGGCCAUUGUUGACGAUGUAUAUAGGCUUAGAGUACACAUCGUUGACUUUAAGGACGAUCCAACUUUGAAAUCCGGGGUACACGUCGAAUGUGUGGGAGAAAUUAAAAAAGACAAAAAUGAUGGAAUUUUUUUGCAAUUGGAAAACAUGAGCAAAAUAGAAAUUAUUGACGAACUGGUUCUAUCAACUGAUAAUUUAAGACGGGGAAUAAUUCCUCCAGAAACUAGAAUUCUAGAUGAUGAUGAAAAAAAUAAAGCAAAACGAAGUCGAAUUCAAAAAAAUUUGGAUGAUAGCGGAAUAAAUUUUAGCCGCGUUGAUUUGGAUGAGGAUGUAACCUGGGAUUCUGAAUAAUAAUUUCAGCAGUCCAGCAAAUCAGAAUAAGCUUUUUUUAGGAUUUAAACUGGGGAUUUCGAAUAAUAAUUUCAGAUUUAAACUGGGAUUCCGAAUGAUAAUCUGAGCAGUUCAGUAAAUCAGAAUACGUUUUUUUUUGUUAACUUGGCAGCUCACUGAUGGUGAUUUUGGGCCACAUGGCAUAAUACUUUAAUUUUUUUCUCUUUAUGAUUUC